CAGGCAGCGGCCUUAUCUGGGCCAGGAGUCACUUCGUACUUUGGAAACUGCAACUUUCCCGGUGGUUGUUUUCGGAACAAGAAUUGCAAAGGGGAAAUUCCUGAAGCCAGGCAUACCUCUGACCUAGAACAUUUGUGCCCUGGUUCCCCUUCUCGCCCGCCGGUCCGCCUGGCAUGGGUGAUGGUCGAGUGGUCGAAGGGCAAGUGGGUCUGAAGAGGACGGAUGCAGAGGCCACGUUCCACGCCUUGCCUGAGGGCGUCCAAGAGCAGAGGAAUGUGGUCCACUCCUUGAUGUCUGGAGCGCUUGCCGGAGCCGUGGCCAAAACUGCCGUGGCCCCUCUGGACCGGACGAAAAUCAUCUUCCAAGUGUCGUCGAACCGUUUUUCUGCAAAGGAGGCCUACCGGCUGGUCUACCGCACCUACCUCCAUGAGGGCUUCUUCAGCCUUUGGCGCGGCAACUCAGCCACCAUGGUGCGGGUCAUCCCUUAUGCCGCCAUCCAGUUCUGUGCCCACGAGGAAUACAAGCAGCUCUUGGGGAGCUAUUAUGGCUUCCAGGGAAAGGCUCUGACCCCGCUGCCGCGCUUUGUGGCUGGUUCACUGGCGGGGACCACGGCAGCCAUGUUGACGUAUCCCUUGGACCUGGUGCGGGCACGGAUGGCGGUGACCCCUAAGGAAAUGUACAGCAACAUUGUUCAUGUCUUUAUCCGGAUCUCACGGGAGGAGGGCCUGAAGACCCUCUACCGGGGCUUUGCCCCCACCAUCCUGGGGGUCAUCCCUUACGCCGGGCUGAGCUUCUUCACCUACGAGACCCUCAAGAAGUUUCAUGCAGAUCACAGCGGACGCUCGCAGCCGUACCCCCUGGAGCGCCUAGCCUUUGGUGCCUGUGCUGGCCUGAUUGGCCAGUCGGCCUCCUAUCCACUGGAUGUGGUGCGCCGGCGGAUGCAGACGGCCGGCGUGAUGGGCUUCUCCUACAGCUCCAUCCUGGGUACCAUGGUGGACAUUGCCCGGGAGGAGGGCCUGGUCCGGGGCCUCUACAAGGGGCUAAGCAUGAACUGGGUCAAGGGCCCUAUCGCCGUGGGCAUCAGCUUCAUGACUUUCGACCUCACCCAGAUCCUGCUCCGGCGGUGGGAGCGGAGUGUCCACGUGGAGAGGUAGGAGGUAGGCGGCGGAAGGGAAUGGGGCCAAUGGGCAGACUGCCCGGAAACCCCACACGGAAUCCCAACCGGAAGCCUUGUCUGGAGGUCCUUCUGGAAACCCCAUAUGGACACCUAUCUGGAGGUCCCAUCAGAAAUAUUGUAUGGAAGUCAAUCCUGAAGUCUCAUUGGGGGGUCCUUCUGGAAGCCUAUCUGGAAGUCCUGUAUGGAAACUUAUCUGGAAGCCUUGUCCAGAGGUCCUUCUGGAAAACCCAUAAGGAUACCUAUCUGGAAGUCUGAUUGGAAAUCAUGCGUGGAAACUAUCUGGAAGUCUCAUCUGGAAGUCCUGCAAGGAAACCUAUCUGAAAGCCUUGUCUGGAGGAAACCCCAUAUGGACAUUUGUCUGGAAGUCCCAUCGGAAAUCCUGUAUGAAAAGCCACCCGGAAGUCAUGUCCAGAGGUCCUUCUGGAAAUCUAUCUGGAAGCCUUGUCCAGAGUUCCUUCUGGAAACCUCAAAUGAACACUUGUCUGGAAAUCCCAUUGUAAAUCAUGUAUGGAAACCCAUCCAGAAGUCCUGUAUGGAAAACCAUCUGCAAGUCUCAUUCAGCAAUCCUUCUGGAAAUGCCAUAUGGACACCUAUCUGGAAGUCCCAUUAGAAAUCAUGUAUGGGAAACCCAUCCGGAAGUCUCAUUGGGAGAUUCUUCUGAAAAUCCCAUAAAGACACCUACCUGCAUGACCCACCAGAAAUCAUGUAUGGAAACCUAUCUGGAAGUCUCGUCAGUAGGUCCUUCUGGAGACCCCAUAAGGACACCUAUCUGGAAGUUACAUCAGAAAAUCUGUAUGGAAACCCAUCCGGAAGUCCUGUUGAAAAUUCUGUAUGGACACCUACCUGGAAGUCUGUAUGGAAACCAUCUGGAAGUCCUGUAUGGAUACAUAUCUGGAAGCCUUGUAUGGCGGUCCUUCCAAAAACCCCAUAAGUAUACCUAUCUGGAAGUCCCAUCAGAAAUCAUGUAUGGAAACCCAUCCGGAAGUCACGUCUAGAGGUCCUUCCGGAAACCCCAUAUGGUCACUUGUCUGGAAGUCCAAUCAGAAAUCAUGUAUGAAAAUCCAUCUGGGAGUCUGUGAUGGAAACUGCGAUGGGAACCCUGUACAGAAGCCCAUCCGGAGGCUCCAUUCAAAAGUCCCGUCCAGAAGUCUCAUCCGGAAAACCCAGAUGGAAACAAUUUUGGAAACCCUAUGCCAAUGUCCCAUCUCUAAACUCUGGAAACUCAUACGGAAGUCCCAUCCGAAAACCCUUUCCAGAAGUCCUGUCUAAAAAAUUCCAUAUGGAAAUCCAGUCUGGAAACUGAUACAGAAGUUCUGUCCGGAAACCCUUCUGGAAAUUCCACCCUAAAAUAAUUGUAUGGAAACCAGAAACCCUUCCUGAAGUCCCAUCAGAAUUCCUUAUACAGAAACCCCAACCCGUCUCAGUGUUUCCCCAACUGGACUCCAGCACCUAGCAUCCUCAAUCAUCGGGACUUAAUGGGAAUCAAGGCCUGAAGUUUUGGAAUCUGGAGGAAUAUGGCAUCUUGGACUUUGGAACGGACAGCGUGAUUAUUAUUAUUAUUAUUAUUAUUAUUAUUAUUAUUAUUAUUAUUAUUAAAUUGCAGCAGAGGAUGUUGGGAUAGGUUAAGCAGAGACUGGAUGACCAUCUGUCAGAAGGGCUUUGAUGAUGUCUUCCUCCCUGGUAGAAUGAGGUCAGACUGGAUGGCCAUCUGUCGGAAGGGCUUUGAUGAUGUCUUCCUGCCUAGUAGAAUGAGGUCAGACUGGAUGGCCCCUGGAAGUCUCUUCCAACUCUAUCUAAUACAGUCCUCUGGGAGUUCAAAUUAAAUACUAAUAUGGAGAAUGUUCAAGUGUAUCAACCAUGUGGGGAUGAUGGGGGUGAAGUUAAAAAUAAUAUAGGGAUUAUGGGAGUUUGAAUGAACAAAUAUAUAGGGGAUGAUGGGAGUUCUUUUUGUUCUUGUCUCGAUGACCUCAGAUUUGCACAUUUUUAUGUUUCUCCCAGACAUGAAACUAUUGGACAAUUUUCUAGACCUUUAAAGAAUCCAAUGCUGCAUUGCCGAUCCCACCAGAAAACUAUAUUUCCCAGGUUUUUUUUUCUUUCUCCCUUCCCGGUGGGUUUUUGCGUGUUUAUAACAGCAAACGGUCCUCUUUUUGUUGUUGUUGUUUUAUAUUAAUGUUUAUAGCGACCCUAAUAAUUGUAAACAUCUGUGCCAAGAGUGGAGGUAUAUUUAAUAAUAAAAGGAAAUUUGCUUUAUCCAA